CUCGCACUCGCGCUGGCAAUUGCCAUUGUGCGCGUGUGAAACACCCCACCACCACCACCACCACCGCCUUUUACGCGUUUGCCAUAGCUCUUGCUCUCGUCCAUGGCCGACUCCGACCCACGUCUCUGGGCCCAGCUCCUUGGGCGGGCCGCCUACGAGUUCUCGCUCAUCCAGCCAAUGCUACCCACGUACAUACACCUGAUCGUCGCAGCCCUGUUCCCCAUAUACGCGGGCGCCCAUGCCUCGCUGACACGACCGUCGACGGCGGCGAAACCCAUUAAGAAAAAGAACAAACCCGGCCCUGCCGAUGACGACGACGAAGACGACGACGACGACGAUGAGGACGAGCAGCGCAUCAUGGAGGGCCUGUCGCCCACGGACGCCCUCCUCAUGCCCCUCUUUGCUGGGACCGCCCUGGCCUCGCUGUACUUUCUGCUCAAGUGGAUGAAGGACGCGGCGCUGCUCAACAAGAUACUCAAUGCCUACUUUGCCGUCUUUGGUGUCUUUUCCGUCUCGCGACUCAUGACAGAUGUCCUCGACAUUGGCCAUUCGCUCAUCUACCCGCGUCGCCACGUCGUCGGCGCCGCCUUAUACCAUGUCGACGGCGAGGCGAAGACGGCGCUCCCGGUGGCUGGCAACGUGCACGGUAAGCAACCGCUCGCCACGCCUCUCCCCGGCUUUCUCGCCAAAAUACCGUUGUCUGAGUGGGCGGGGAACCUACUCUGGGCCGAUCGAGCCAUGCCGGGCAACAAGUGGGUGCUGAAGCUUUACAUGCACCGUGUCUUUACUGGCCGCUUUAAGCUAGGGCCUCACGGCAUGGUCGGCCUGCUGAUUGGCUUCGCAACUGUGGCCUACUUCAAUCUGGUGGAUAAGCCGUGGUACUUGACCAAUCUGCUAGGGUUUGGCUUUUCCUAUGGCGCCCUGCAGCUCAUGUCACCCACGACAUUUGCUACGGGGAGUUUAAUCCUCGGUGCUCUCUUCUUCUACGACAUUUACUUUGUCUUUUUCACACCCAUGAUGGUAACGGUAGCAAAGUCUCUCGAUGUUCCGAUUAAGCUUGUAUUCCCCCGACCGCCUGCCGCCGAUGACCCCACCUCGACCCCCUCACAUGCCAUGCUCGGCCUUGGCGACAUUGUCCUCCCUGGCAUCAUGAUUGGUCUUGCCUUGCGCUUCGACCUGUACCUCUUCUACCUCCGUCGACAGAAGCGCAUACCUGCUGCGGUGGCGGGAGAGCAGGAUAUGGUGGCGAAGCCCGUGUAUCAUUCCCUGGCCGGACGCUGGAGUGACCAUUUCUGGACGCAUUCACUUACAGGCCGACCGCUGUGGGUUGCUACAAAGACAGAAAGUGAAUCAGAGGCACCUUUUACGUUCCCAAAGACAUACUUUACGGCUGGAUUAGUUGGUUAUAUUCUGGGCUUGUUGACUACACUCGGCGUCAUGAUGGUGUGGAAUCAUGCCCAGCCAGCGCUGCUGUACCUGGUACCUGGUGUUCUCGGCAGCAUCUGGCUGACUGCCCUUGCGCGUGGUGAGAUUGACUUGAUGUGGAACUACACUGAAGAGAUUGAGGAUGAAGAGAACGAAAAGACCAAGGAAGAAACGGACCAAGUGGCAGAUUUCAAGCAGCCAGAAACAAGCAAUGGCCCUGUCAAGUCUGAAACAAACGCCACACAGGCAUCACAGAAGCGAGUCGCCGGCGACCGAGAAGUAUUUUCCCUAUGCAUUGAAGCCCCAUGGCAAUUGAAGAAGCCGACAUCUGUCCGGUCUCUAGAAAAGGAGAAGCAACCUGUCGAUGCUCAACCGCAUAAUUGGGUCCCCUCGUCCAACUCCACUGUCGUUCAAGAUGCUCAAGUAGAGCCUGCUGGUAAGCGUGUGCGAUUAAAGUAGCUUUGUGUUAUGUAGAUUACGACCAUGAUGCAUUGUAACGUUUAGCAUAGACUAUGGCGUUUGUUUUGUGAUAGACGCGUAGUAAGUAAUGAAGUUUAGC